AUGGUUCGCCUUGCUCUUACAAUCUUCUUGCUGCCAUGCUACACUUUAGCUGCGCCACCUGCUGAUUUUCCAGGCGACGAGACUCCUUACCGAGUGACUCCAACUGGCACUGUAUCACCUGAUUAUUUUUUUGGAACGUUCCUCUAUAAAUAUCUUGACUGCAACAAAAACUUCGGCCCGGGAGCUAAGGACAAAAUUGACGAGGCCUAUCAUGAUGCAUGGCUGAUAUCCAACACUGCAGGAGUGGCGUCAGGCAUCAAUUGGAACAGCGCAGCUGCAAUGGAGUUUCUGGGUCCCUCAGGGCUGAACCAAGCGCAGCAACCUCAAAUACAGGCGGUCUUCGCAAAUACGGCAACGGUCAUCAAUGGCCACAAAAGUCCUUUCCAGCAUUUUAUCAAGAUUCGAUGUGAUGAUCCAGAAAAGUUAUGCCAAAACCAGCCCGAUCAAGAUCCGUAUCAACCUAACCCAUUAAACUCAGGCGAUCCGCCAAAGCCAACACCACUUUCAUAUUCGAGGAACUCUGACCCAGAUAAUCCCGAUACUCCGAUGAUCAAUUUUUGCGGCGGCUUUUUUGCUCGCAGAAGUCUGGCAGAUGCAAUCACAUACGGAAUGGCUCUAGCUAGCCCAGACAACUUCAACCUUGCAAACUAUGAUAAUAGAGCACAAGCAUUUUUGCAUGGGUUAUAUCAUUUAGAUCUGGCUGCGAACUCUCCAGACCCUAACCCUCGUGUCUACGAUCUCCGGAUUGACAUCAAAUUGGGUGCUCAUGGUAGGAUCUAUACGACUGAUGUAUACGGUCCCUUCAAUUGUAAAGUAUUAGCCCGUUGGCUAGGUCGAGAUCCAGGAUCGCACUUUGUCGGAUACUAUAUCCAGCGAAACUCCGACAGUCUGGUAUAUUACGCAUUUGCUAAGUACUUGAUGUCGAAAAAUGGCAACGUAUAUCCUCACCUACCCAUUGUUACACCUGGAAUCGCCGGACCUUUCUAUCCGCCAUACCGUCCGGAUUCACUCGCCGUAUUCGUUACAGAAGGCAGCAACUUCUACUUGAAUACUACCGACGAUCUUACGAUUUGGGAUUCCUCCCCUGGUGGAAACUAUCCAAGUUGUUCUAGCGAUAAAAACGGGAGCGAAUCCAGCUCUCCCCUAACUAUCGAUGGAUUUGCUCCAGCUUCCGCCUACCCAGAUGACUAUAAUAGCCAGGUGUCGACUUGGAUAGAGGCCCUGCGCUCGACAGAUGGGAAUUCGAAUCUAGGUUGGGGAGGGGACGCCGGCCAGCAGAUCGCUAUGGCGUCGUAA